AUGACACGUCUCCCCGGAUUAUCACGAGUCACUCUGCGUGGUCAAGAGUUCGGAGGUUUCCUAAUGAACUUCUUCAGUAAUUUUCUGAUGUUUAUUCGUUUGUCAAAGUGCCUAAUGCACGGUAAAACGGUGGAUCGAGUGCGCCCGACGAGGCGAAGAUCGGGUUUUAAGCCUAAACUCGAAAGCAUUGAGGAGGCUGAAGAGGAGGAGAAUAAAACGGAGGAUGAGUCGACGUUGGAGGGGACGGAAGAUGGGGAAAAUAAAGACGAGAAGAUGGAGGAAGAGAAGAACGACAAGGAAAAAGAGGAGGACAACCAGCGGGGGAAGGAAGGGUCAAAGAAGAGGUGGAAUGAUGAAGUGGCUGACCAGGGCGUGGUGCUGACGGCAAUCACGAUUCAGAAUAAUGCGUCUGAGCCCUUUAAUGUCGAACCGGAAUGGGGAAGGGGAAUUGCAACUCGAAAAGUCGUCGUCGCCACCGCUUUCGACGACAUUUGCGAAGGUUGUGGGUACGAUUCGUAA